AUGCUGGAUUUCAUGGAUUAUAUCCAGCUGGCCUUUGCUGAGGCUACCAGCUGGAACCGCGACAAUUCAUACUCCUGCUUGACGACUACCACGCAGUCGAUUUUGGACUUUUCGACUCCUGAGCGAUUGCGCGUCCGUGUUGCCUCGCUCUCUACGCCACAUUUUGCAACCAGCUACACUCUCGGCACGGUAGGACUGCUUGAUGGAUCAGUAUCAUACCUCUUCAGCACGGUGCCCUUCCACAACACGCCCAGCCGGAGCGCCUUGAUUCCUCUUCGAAAGAUCUCGCCCGGAUAUCGCCAAGUGCAAGCGCCAUCUGCUCCUGUGCAAUCAUGGGGAUUGGAUUCUCUGCUGGACAGCGUGAGCAUCCCUGGGAUCAAGAAUGGUUUGCGCCCGGGAUUACCAAAGAGCAAAGAUGGGGAUCAGACUACGGAGGCUGCGCAGCGUAAAGCGACUCUUCUACAUGCCUCUUUGCAUCUCCCAUCACCCACUACGCUGUAUGCGCUGUUCCUACGCAGGAUUUCUCCGACCAUGCAACUGUCUCUGGCGGUCUGUUCCACCCAAGGACCGCCCAUGUCAAACUCCGCGCCGCAGGCUUCCAUGCUAACCCAGCUUUCCCAUGAUACGGGCAAAUACUGCAAUGAAUAUCUAUUCAGUACCGACAAUGCACUUUUUGGCUGGCGCGGACUCUGGAAUUUUGGCCCUGAUCCUCGCUACACUCCAGCUAAUGCCCCGCCUGCAUUGUCACUGCUGUCGGCCGGCGCGGAGGCAUACUACUCGCCUAUUUCCUCAUUGAUUGGCAUGUCGACAGGGUUGCGUUUCACCACACUUCCAGCAGCAACUCAAGUGCCUUCGACAACAUCCUCUUCAUCCAACUACCCCGCCCCCAUUUCUACUUUCCCCUACACGUUGACCCUGACACUCACACCCAUCACCGGCUCUCUAUCAACAACAUACUCCCUCCGUGCAUCACCCAACCUCGCUUUCAGCUCCCGAUUCGGCUUCAACGUCUACAGCUGGGAGAGUGAGAUGGUUGCCGGCUGUGAGCUCUGGCGCAGGAAAUCAAAAACCCCGUCCAGCGACGACGAUCUUGAAUGGGCACGCCGCAAAAUGCGCAUGUAUGAUUUCUCCGCCUCUCUGCCAGGAUCUCCGCCUUCUUCUCCACUCCUCUCUGACCCGGUUCAACCCGAGUCCGCUGUCAGAUCGCAUGCGGAUGACAGCGAGGCCGACGACUCCGUGAUCAAGCUCCGCAUCGACCAAUCCUGGAAUGUCCGUCUGCUCUGGGAGGGCCGAGUCAAGGAGCUCCUGGUUAGCGCGGGUGUCGGGCUGGGCCCUGGUUCGUUUUCGCUGUCACCCAGUGUAUCCUCCGCUGCCUCGGGGUGUGGGUCGUCGCAGAGUGGAGGCGGCGGGCCUGGCACGUCGUACUGGCGCGGGGUUGGAGUGUCUGUGAUGUACUCUUCAUGA